AUGUCGUUUCUCAAUUCCUCCGCAAAGAUUGUGCACGCCUCCAAGCUGCCCGAUGGGGCCACUCAGAAGCAGGGCAUUGCGAUGCUCCAGGACCACGAGUUCUUUCUCUCCUGCGACCCGCAUAUGCAAAAGUUUGAGGAUCUCGGCCAGGUCCCCAAACCGGAGCUGCCUGAGGGCAUCAAACCGCUGGGCCCGACGACCUUGUACAACGUCACUGACAUCGUCGAAACCCUACCGAAAGGUCUCUGGAGUUCAAACGUGGAGUCGACCUAUGAGUUCACAGACUUCGAGCUCGGAACCUUUUGCCAUUUGAAGAGCCCCAUGAAUGUGGUCAUGCAUACGUUUUGGACCAUUGAGGAGAAGGAUGGCGGCCUUGAGCUUGUGGAGACUUGCGAGAUCAAGUGCUCCAGGCUUCUUAUUGGAAUUGUGAAGUCUCUGAAUGAGGGUGGAUGGGCCAAAAUCCAUGCUAAAAUGCUGGACCGGCUGGAGAAGGAAGUGAAAGGGACCGACGGGAAUGGGGCUGCCGCAUGA